AUGCACACAACACUUUUUCUUUCUCUGGCUCUGCUUGCGCAACCUCUCCUCAUUCUCGCUGAGCCUAUCCCUAGACCAAACCCUUUCUCUCGUCUCAACCAACUCCGGAUCCCAGAAUGCUAUGCCAGUGAAACCGCUCCUCCCGUCCCCGGUCUCAAAUCCAUAAUUGAGACGGUUAAAGAACAUAGCACUGAGGAUUGCGACUUCAUUCCCUGGCCUGGAAAGGACGGCGACGGGACGAAGAAUAGGUGCGGCUUCACGAUCAGCAAAGACGGAGUCAAAGUAAUGAUUUGCGGGACCAGCACGGUGCCUGUGCGGAUGAAAUGCGAGUCAAUAUGGAAGGAUCAUUUGCGGCUUCUUCUAAACAUAUGCACCAGGCAGAAUAAUGCAGGGAUUGAUGUCGCUGGAGGCCGGACCGCACCACCAGCAUCGAAGAAGGCACGGAUUUAUGCCGUCAAAGACGAAUGA